UGCUGCUGCCGCUGCGGGAAGACACCGGAGUGAGCGCGACACCGGCCCCCACAUCCCCUCCUCCUCGCUAAAACGGGCUUUGAAAACUGCCUCCCCAUCUGAAUGGAAACUCGGCACCGCCUAGCGGCGCGUUCCUUCGGGGCCGGGCUGGCGAUCCAUGCCCAGGGGCAGGCGGUGCGAGCUCGCUCCAGCGCCCAGCGCCCGGGACAGGGCCGGCCAGGCUGCUGAGCAGAACUUAAUUGAGCCCCUUCCUUGCAGCUCGGGGAAGCGAUGCUGUACAGCGUAGCCAGCGCGUCCCCGACUCUCCUUCAAGCUGAAGGUUACCCACCCGCGCAGCCAGCCCCGAGCCUGUGAGCGCCGCGCCGCGCCUCCCGCCCCGGCUCCGGCUGCUCGGCGGCGGCGUGCGAGGCAACUGUCGGGCCGCCCGCGCCGGGGCGCAGUGCACCAGGGGCUGGGGCUUGGUGGAUGUGUAUGCAUGAGUUCUGCACCGAAUGGGCGCAAAAAGCGCCCCAGUCGGUCCACCCGCUCCUCGAUCUUCCAGAUCAGCAAGCCUCCGCUGCAGGGCGGAGAUUGGGACCGCAGGGGCAGCGGCUCCGAGAGCGCCCACAAAACCCAAAGAACCCUGGACGACUGCAAGAUGCUUGUUCAAGAGUUCAACACCCAAGUGGCCCUGUACCGAGAGCUGGUCAUCUCUAUUGGGGAUGUCUCGGUCAGCUGCCCAGCACUCCGGGCGGAAAUGCACAAGACAAGGACCAAAGGCUGUGAAAUGGCCCGGCAAGCGCACCAAAAACUUGCUGCCAUCUCCGGCCCAGAAGAUGGUGAAAUUCAUCCAGAAAUAUGUCGGCUUUAUAUCCAGUUGCAGUGCUGUUUAGAAAUGUAUACAACAGAGAUGCUAAAAUCCAUAUGUCUGCUGGGGUCUCUUCAGUUUCAUCGAAAAGGAAAGGAGCCCAGCGGGGGAACCAAGAUCAUGGAUUGCAAAAUUGAGGAGAGUGCUGAAACACCUGCUGUAGAGGACUCCUCAUCACCCCCACUAGAUACUCAGCAACAUUCCUGGCAAGUUUCCACAGACAUUGAGAACACUGAAAGAGACAUGCGAGAAAUGAAAAACCUCUUAAGUAAACUCAGGGAAACUAUGCCUUUACCAUUGAAAAAUCAAGAUGACAGCAGCCUUCUAAAUCUAACUCCUUACCCCCUGGUUAGAAGACGGAAGAGAAGAUUCUUUGGGCUGUGUUGUCUUGUCUCAAGCUAGGUGAUUUCUCCUGGAGACUUAUCACUAGGAAGACCUGAAGAAAUCACCAAACCGAGGACCACCAGAUAGCUGAAUCACAGUUACUGGGUUUUGACUAUGUUUUCUAUGCUUCCUUAUUACUUUUAUCUGCCUCCCUGUGCCCUUUUAAAUAAUUUUACAUUUGAAAGUAGCUGCUGUCAAGAAGAAAAAAGAAAGAUUCAAAAGUCAAACUGUUUUUAAAGGGAUUUUUAAAGCUGACAUUGUGCAUGUCUGCUCUAAACCAUACAAUGACAGAGCAAGGAUUAUGAUUUUUAAAUAAUUUAAGGGUUUUUUAAAUGUAUUAUACAGAGAAAAACUUAUUUCAUGUAUAGUAGUAUAUCUAUAGCUCUUGCUUACCUUCGUUCACAACUUAUCAUCAUGUAAUGCGUAUUUAAACAGUCUAUUUAAAACUGCAAACUGUUCAAAAGUUCGAUCUAUCAAAAUAUCAUUAGAAAUAGUAUGAUAAACAUAGAACACAUCUAUUGCUUUUUCUGCACAUUUAGUCUUCCAUUCUGUCUGAAUCUAAGAGCUUCGACAUAAAAAGGCUUUAAUUUAUAAUGUAACACAAACCAUAUAUGAAAAUAUUUAAAUUUUGUAAAUAUACAAUAAUUCUAAUGCCUUCAUACAAUGCAUAUGGGCAACUAAUCCCCUCUUGAUCCAAUGGUGUCUGUUCAGCUUCUUGGAGAAUGAAGUAAUUCAGUUAGGAAAUGGUGUAGUAACAUAGACAAAUACCCUCAAUAGUAAAAUUAAAUACUAUCACAUUUUGUUCUAAUUGAAAUUGAAGCAUGAUGUCUGCACAUCAGCUAGUGUUAAAUCUUAUAGGGCAUGCUGAAAUUAGCUCAGAUCGUAAAAAUACUUAACAUUUUACAUCGUUGAUAAAAUCUUUUUAGUUAAGCUAAUCUUGUCUCAUUUUAGAUGACUAUGCAGAUAUGAACUUUUCCAAUGUGUACUUGGUAUCUUGUCUUAUGCUUAGAAUCUUGAAAGCAGGAUACAUUAAGCAAUACUAUAUUUUAGAAAGGAGGAAACUGUGCUUCAUAUUUUAUGCACAAUUUUGUUCUAAUCUUCCUCCACUAAACUUAUAACAUGGUAAAAUUUUGUUAUGUUUCCCCUUUUUUCUUUUUUUGGCUUAUUUCCCAGACAGAAUUUCCCUUGGAUUGAGAGAUCAGGUCUUUCCACUUUCUUUCUUGUUAUCGGAGUCUGAAAACACCCUAAAGUCAGACAAGAGACUCCAGUGUCUAGUACCAUCAAAGAAUGAGGUAAAUGGCUGUAAGUGUUCAUCCAAGAAGUCUCUUUCAUCCUAACUCUAUACUCUCUCAGCACAUAUAUGCAAAGAUAUUUCCAAGUUCACUGAUGUUUUAAGUAGAUUCAAGCUUUUAGCUUUAAUGAAGGGAAAGGGAGGUACAGAUAAACUACUAGAAACAUUAUUGUAUUAUAUUAGAGUGCUAAUAAUUGGCUGUUUUGACAUGCAAAAUGGCAGUUUCAUAUAGUUAAAAACUAAUAGCUAGAAACUGCCCUUGUUUUUGUUUUUCUAAAUUUUUUAUUUGAAAAUAAAAGAAUAAAGAGGUUAGAUAUUUUAAAAAGUUAUGCAUGUCUUAGGACCAGAGUGAUAGUAUAGUGGGUAGGGUGCUUUCCUUGCAAGUAUCCAAUCCCAGGUUCAAUCCCCAGCAUCCAUAUGGUCCUUUGAGCACAACAGGAUAUGAUUUCUGAGCACAGAGCCAGGUCUAAGCCCUGAGCAUGUUAGGUGUGGCCCCAAAACAAAACAAAUAAAAUUAAAUAAAAGCUUUGCAGGUCUCUGUUUAGAUUAUACCAGCUGGUUAUUGGUUUAAUCAAAGCUCUUGUGUAAAUUCCAAUAAGUUAGUAAUGGAUAAAUGCUAAUGAAUAUACUGACUCCAUAAAAAAACAUACCCUUAUAUAUUUUAUAUUAAAAAAUAUCACAAUAUUCUAAAGCAAAUACUUGUAAAACAGUUGUAGGAAUAUGCAAAUGAAAAAGCCCUAGGAUGAGUAUUCUCUUGCAACCACUCCCAAUUUAUUUAAUCUAUAAAUCCCAACUUUUAUAAAUGAGAUUUAACUUAUUUAAAUUUGAAUUUGUAUAUCCUUUUUAAAUUCCAUUUAUUUAUUUUCCUUAAAGUUAAUUCACUUAAGGUCUGUUGUUUUUAAAACUAGAAAAAAAAACAACAGUAGUCCAAUUUAACAUGCUCUCAACUCUCAUUUCCACCAUUUUUUUACCUUUCUAUUAUUCUGAACUCUGUCCUUCAAACUACUUUCUAUGAAUUCAUGCAAAGUUGUCCAUUGCUCAGUCUAGUCUUGAUAUUCAGCACGUUCUUCUAAUUGCCUGACGUAAAUAACUUCUGCUUGAUUAAUCUGUGCUCACUCUCGCCUUAGUCUCAGUAUGAAAGUAACACACCUUUCGUGCAUUUGUCCUUCAUACAACUGAUGACUGUUAAUAAAUUCAGGUCUCACCUCCAUGUAUGGGAGGGAUAUAGUAGCUAUUUAUGGAGAUGGGGAUUUGUCUAAUUCCCUAGCUAGGCUUUCUGUAUCUAAAGUAAAUAUAUUCGGUCAUAUUACCUUUCAUAGUGCCUGUUUCCCAGGCUUUGACCAAUUUUGUAGUUCCCAUGGACACACUCCAAGAUUUAUAGAUAUUCUUCACUAGCAGGUCCUAUAAAAUUAAUUAUAGUACUCAAAAGUCCUGAUAACUUAAACACACCCAUAAUUGCUAAGGUAAUUUACCACCCCCUUUAGAUAGGCCAAAAUGCAUAUUUAUUUUAGAGCUAACUCCCACAUGCCUCUGACCUACCAAAGGACUUUCUCAGGUGUAGUUCUAUGAGAUAGAGUUCUACUCUCUCAGCUGGUAAUUUGAUAUCAGAUUAGCAAUAACAUUGAGCUGAUUUCUAGGAAUAAGGAGAGAAUAUUGAAUCCCAUUUUGUUGCAUGUAUCGUAUGUUUGAAACAAAAAAUAGUUAACCAUUUCUGGUGUCUACUCACUCCUUUUACUAUCAUUUCUUUAAUAUUCUAGUAUUUUUUAAAGAUGACAGAAACAAUACAUAGUUUGAAAAUACAUAUCUGAAAAAUACCAGAUACUUUCCUUAUUAGAAGGGAAAAAGAUCACGUGAACCAAGUACGAUCACAUUAUUUGAAAUCUUCAUUUUAGAUAAGUUUUGUGAAUAGAUGUCCACAAGGCAAGGGUGUCAAUUAAAAAAAAUGUCCACUGAAGUUUUAUAUGUAGUUAAAAAUCAAUUUACAGGAAACUUUUAGUUGAGUCUUUGCUCAAAGGAACAAAAAGAAAGAAAUAGCUCUGCUAUCCUCUAAUGAGAUAGUUAAAGCUCUUUGGAAAAUUAUACAUUUCUAUCAGAUUAUGAUUUUUCCUUAGGUACUUCUGUAUUAAUUGGCAACUUUACAUACUGUUUGACAAUACUGCCACCUACUGAAAGCUGAUCUUUCGAAUGAGAGAAGAAAAUCAACACUAUGAAAACACCUUAUUUAUUUGAGACAGCAAAGAUUAAUAAUGGUUCUACAUGACAUUUUAGACUCCAGAAAUCUCAAAGUUUAUGUUCUAGAACAUCAAAAAUUGAAAAAUAUUCAACUUUAAGGUAACUAACUAGAUUGGGAAAGAGUCAGAAUAAAUCAAAAUAUAUUAUUAAGUGUAUAAACUCAAGAACAUGGAAUAAUUGAGUACAUUAGAAAGCCAACAUUUCAAAUCUGUAAAAAAAAGAAAAAGAUUGAAUUACUGUUAAACUUGAUAACAGUUUAGUCCAGUUUUUGGGAAAAUGUCAGAUCUUUUGAUUAAAAUAAAUUAUCUUUCAAAAAAAACAAAAAAAAUUAUAGGAAAUGUGAAGAUAAGAAUUUGUGUGUGUGGAUAGGAAGCCUUUCAUAGCAUGACACCAAAGGAAGAAGCCACAAGAAAAAAUUACCCUUGACCAGCUAAAAAUGAAAAACUCCUUUACAGUGAAAAAUAAUGUAUCAAAGAGAAAAAAUUUGAAAUAUGUGCAAUGAAGAGUCUAGAAUUCUAAUAUCUAUCAGAAACUUAGAUUUCAUUAUCUGUGUGAAGUUUCAUGAUCUGUAAUCUCCUUCCCAGUCACGAUAUCCCAAUUUAUUUUAUGCUUGCUUUCUUGCAAUGUUUUCAUGAUUACUUGUGUAAUUGUGUACCUAUCCCACUAAAAUAAAUAGUCCAACUGGAUAGCAAUAGUGACUAUUUUGUUUAUUUUAUAGCCCAAUACCCAGCAGAGUGCUAAACAUUAAGCAAAUACUGAAAAUAUAUUUAUUUUUUUAAAUAUAUUUAUUGACUGUGUCAGAGUGCAUGAAUAAAUGACAUUUUAUGACUCUAAAGGAAUCAACUUUUCCAGUAGAAAAUUGAGCCAAGGGCACACACUGACAAUGCACUGUAAGUGAGACAAUGUACUAAUAAUAUGGAAAUAUUGAGUAUUUAGUAAUCAAAAUAAAAAUUAACAUGGUUAUUUUGCAAAAAGAUAAAACAUAUAAGCCAUUAAAGUUUCCCUUAAACUUUAAGUUUAUAUGUGAGACAAUAUGGGAUGAAUUUUCUCUUAUAGAAUCAAUAAGAAUAAAAAAUGUUUUGAUCUUCUGGAAAAUAUUUUUACAAAACAUUUUUAUGCAUGCCAAAUAAUCCCAUGUUGAAAAAAAUAUUCUCCUUUAAAGUUCAGGAAUAAAAUGAUUCAAAACAUGUGAAGAAAGGAUGCUUAUGACUGCAUCGUUUGGAGGAGAAAAACUGUAUAUUCUAUAUUAUAGAACUGGUUAAAUGUGAUAUAGCCUUUCAAUGGAAUAUUACACAUCUAUCAAGAAUAUUCUUAUUUAAAGAAAUGUAUAUUUACAGAAAAAAGCAAGUUAUAUUGUUAAAUGGAAUAAGGGAGUUAUCUACAGCAUGAUCCCAUUUCAAAAAUACGCAUAUACAUGUGUGCAUUAAAAUUUUAAUUAUUUGCUAAAAUGUUAACCGUAUCUAACUCUAGGAGGUGAGAUUUGGAGCAAUUGUGAUUUCUUUUUAUAUAUAUGUAAUUUCCCAUUUUUCCACAAUGAGCAUGUAGUACCUACAUAUUUUUUUCAGGGAAUAGAUAACAACAAUCACAAUCUAUAUUAAAUGAAAAAGUAUUAUUAAACAUAUGUAUAGUAUGACACAAUAUUUGUAAAAACAGAAAAUUAUAUAUAAAUAUAUCUAUGUAUAUAUAUGCAAAAGAGUGCUAGAAGGACAUACACUAAAAUGUUAAUAGUAGUUACUAUGGGUAGUGGGAUCUGGGUGAUUAUUUUUUCCUUUUGCUUUUCUGUGUUUUCUAAUUUUUCUACAAUAAAUAUGUAUUACUUGUGUAAUAAAAGCUAAUAAUAAAAGUUUUAAAA